AUGUUCAACGAGAACUUCUCUUUCGGGUCGACCCCAAACCCGACAGCGCUCCAAUUCAGCAUCGAAGAAUGUACCUCAGCAGACAUCUCACCACUGACAUCGCGUUGCUCAACACCACAUUCCUCGGACGGACCAUUAGCGCGUCGCGAUUCCAGAUUCGACACAUACAGGUCUGCACCUCGACAUGCUUCCGUCACAGCCCUGACCGCACAACUGCAAUCGCACGCACUGAACGACAUGGAGAUGCGAUCACCCUCGCCGCCGCCUAUUGACAUGGCAUCACCUUCGGACUUGUCGUCGACAACGGAGGACGAAGGUUACUGCGAAGGUGCAGACACGCCGACCACGACGGUGUCUGAUUUCUCGUACGACUCGAGCGAAAUCGAUCCGACGCUAUGGGACUUGUCCAUGUCGGAUGCGAUGGUCGCCACAUCAUCACCCCGACCUUCUCUAUCGCUGGAAGCCCAGGCCAUGUCAUCAUACACGAUGCGUCGCCGCCAGCGACAAGCCUUGGUGCGUCUUCAAUGCCUCGUUUCGCGAACACCAGACCUAGCUAUGCUCAUCGAGGAAUGCCAUCCGUCGUCGCUCCCGUUC